AUGGAUAAAUUUCAUGUCCAGAGUGUUCUAGUGACAGGAUCCAAUCAGGGGAUUGGCCUGGGACUUGUCAGCCAGUUCCUGAUGAAGCCAAACCCGCCAGAGUGGGUGUUUGCCACCAGUCUGGAUCCUGAAGGACCUAAUGGGAAGGUAAGGCUGGUCCUAUCCAUUGCACAAGCAGAAAUAUGGGGCAGUAAUAUCAAGGAGAGGAAAGAAGCCACUGGAAGCCUCACGCAAUUUCACGGGGGCUGUCACAUAGUUCCAAUUCUGUGCAAUUCCAUUUGCACAGGAGAAGCAAUUGCUCCAAAGAGAUACAGAAUGAGGCAUCCCCUGCCCAGGGUAUUCCAGCUGUUUAGGACUGCAGUUGUCAUCUGGGAAUUGUAGUCCAAAAUAUUAGGUCACAUUAGGAUGGCAGAUUAUGGAGGAAUAGAUGACAUAGCAAGGGGAACUUUGGAUGCUUGGGAUGUGGCCACUUCUGCACUAAUAUCCUCCACUGGGUCUCAUCAUUUUGGUGUAAAAAAGGGGGUUUCAUAAAUGCUUUUUUCCUUUUUUCCUUUUUUUUUUCUUGAAGAAGUUGAAAAAGCUGGCUCUGCAACAUCCAAACCUGGUGGUGCUACAGUUAGGUAUGUAUGUUUUCAUCCUGCUAACACUGCUGAUGGAUGCAAAAUUUUACACAUUUCCCCUGCAAAUUCUCACUUACUGUCUUCAUCUUGUUGUUGGCAUCACAUAUAGUUUCAUCCCCACCUGAAUAAAGGUGUUCCCAGGGAGCACUGGCACUGUGGAACACAAGCCAGAAAUAAAAACUUGCCAGAAUGCUCUACUGCUCUUGUGGCUGAUGCAUGAGUGCAAGCCUCCCAGAAAUUGGCUGAGAGCUUAAACACAGGAACUUAAGAAACUUCCUUCUACCAGCUCCAACCAUUGGUCCAGCCAGUCUGAUCCUGUGGUGAAUUUGUGGUGAAAUGGUCAUCUGAUGGCUUCAUCAAGCAGGCAAAGCAUAGUGUAGUGUGCUAAACUGAGGAGCCAUAGCUCAAGAUGAGAACAUCUACUUUGCCUGCAGAAGGUCCCAAGUUGGUCUCUGGUAUCUUCUAAAACUUGGACAGCCACUGCUGCUAACACAGGGCUAAUUAGCUAAAUCAAUCAACAGGGCUUGCUCAUCGCUAUCCCUUUUCUUCAAGCAGAUAUCCGAGAUCUGAAGAGCAUUGAGGCUGCUGUGCAGAGAGUCGAGGAGCACGUCAAAGAAAAUGGCCUGACAUUGCUAAUUAACAAUGCUGCCAUUUUGGUCAAGUUUACCCACUUGGCUAAUGAAACAGCCAAGAACAUGUCCAACCUGUACAACACAAACACUGUGGGAACCUUGCAAGUCAGUCAGGUGAGGAUGUGCCAGGUUGGGGGGGGGCAAACUCUUCAUUUCUCUGGAACCCUCCAGAAGUUACAUGAUGAGAGUGAGAGCAGGUGCAGGAAGGAAACGGUCCUGUGAAGCUGUUACCUCUCCCAAGAGCCACAGAAGUUCUAGUGACAGAUAUGUGAGACUUCUUCAUCUUAGACCAAGUCUGCUCAAGGCAAGCAUGGCCCCAAGAGUCUGCUCAGGUCAGAUGGGCCCAGAAUCCUGGUCACAAGGAAGACACUUGGACUUCAAGUUCAGGUUCAAUCAUUUGGCAUCUCCAGGGAAAGCUAAAGAGAGACUCCUAUCUGAAACCCUGGAGAACUGCUGCCAGACAGUGUAGACAGUACUGAGUUAGAUGAACCAAUGGUCUGACUCAAUAGAAGACAGCUUCCUGUGUUCCUGUUUGUGUGAAUGAGACAAUAGUUACGACAAUGUGAUGGGUUGUCUGACAGUGACCCUAAACAGGAAGAUGAAAGCAUGCAAGGAGAAAGACGAGCCCAAACUCAGAGAUGUCAAGGCUGCUGUUCUGCCCCUUCUCCUCCUGCAGUUUAGCCCAUUCAUUUCCACACUUCCCCCUUUCCAGUCCUUCCUUCGCUACUUUCCUGCCACUAGAAAUGGCUUCUCUGAGUGGCUGUCCAUCGCCUGGGAUCUUCCUUCCAUCUAAUGAGCCCAGUUGUGCUGGUUUCUCCCAGGCCUUCUUGCCCUUGCUGAAGGUUGCUGCCCAAAGAAGCCUCCAAGAAAGGCUGAGCUGCAGCAAGGCAAGCAUCAUCAACUUAGCCAGUGACUUUGGCUCUCUGGAGAAAAUGGCUGGAUGGGGCCUCUCUCAAGUCAUCUCCUACCGCUGCAGCAAGGUACCUCUCAAGGCUGUGUGCUCCUAAUGUUUGAAGUAUGAUUAAGAUGUGGAAGAUGCAGCUAGUCCAAAACAGCAGCCCACACCAGUUAGUCUAAAGGAAGCACCAGAUUCCAAGUGGUUUGUGAAUUAGCCAAGUUAUGAAAUUUCGAGUUCUUAUGUAGGGUAAACGUCAGAGCCUAGUGGAUGUGUUGGAAAAUGUGACGUUGAUGAGAUCCACUUUUAAACUUAUUCUGCACCAGGGUUUUCAUGCGACUUCACCCUCAUGACAACAGUCCACUGGGGUAGCUCCUCAAGGCCUGAAUUUUUAGUGGCAACAGGAAUUAUAAUGCCCAGAAACAGCAUAAAAUUUAUGUUUGUGUAGAUAUACCGUGUCAUCUACCUUUCAUUAUUUAUUUGGGUGACGUAAUGGUAAUGGUGAUAUGAUAUGAUAAAAUCAUAUACAGUCGUUAUCAAUUGCACCACCAUUACAUCACCCAAACGAAAAAUGCAAUGUCAUUGAUAAUGAUGGCCUUGUUUAAAUAAAUGAAAUAAUAAUUCUGAAUGGUGAACUCACCACUUCUUGGCCACACUCAGAGGUUCAGCAUUUAACCACCCAGCCUUCUGUGCUCUGGCUGCCAGAGAGUGGCCAGCUCCUCCUCCUCCUGCUGCUGCUGCUGCCUGAGUGCUGCUUUUAAGCUGGAUAUGCUAUGAACUUCUCCAGGCAGCACAGGUGCCCUGUGUGUGCAUCCUCCCUAAUCCUAAACACUUGAGGGGCAACCAGACAUUGGACACCACCUUUUUGUGUAAUUAUCAGGGCAACUGGACCCUGGUGCUCCUGAGUCUUUAAGGGCCCUCUGCCUGGAACACCUCACACCUGAUGUGCCCUCUUCUCAUGGCACCUCUUGCCCUCAGGCUGCUGUGAACAUGCUGACCAGGUGCCAGUCCUUGGAGUAUGGUCCGUUGGGGAUCCUUUGCAUCUCCAUCCACCCUGGCUGGGUGAAAACUUCCAUGGGGACAUGUCUGGUAAGUGAGGCCAGAUCCACCCAUUAAAAUGCCUUGGAUGGUCAGGCAUUUUAGUGAUUUUCCCCUUUGAGGAAGUCUCUGUAAUGGAAGGCCAGGGAGUAUCAGGGAGUCUUCCUGGGGGCUCCACAUUUGCUGCAUAAGGAGCAGCCUCAAAUCCAUUGCUGAGGUCUUUCUUGGGCAGGUGUAACACUCACUUUGAGCUCCAACUACACCUUAGUCUGGUUGUACUUCUGUAAACUGCCCUAAGACCUGCGAGUGUGUAUAAAUUCAAUAAUUAAUAAUAAUACCUUGAAUUGGAAGAAUGCCCUCUUUUAGACUGCAAAAGGCCAGGCUCCUGGGGAGGGACUCCAGCUCAAUCAAUGAACCCCAACAGCAUGUUCCUUGUGAAGAUGGAGAGGAUAUAAACUUGGUUAAUUCAACCUAUGCAUUGGGAAACAUCUGUAUGAUACUUUAAAAUAUAGAUAAUUUCUUAAGGAAGUGAGAAAGAGGUAAAUAGGAGGCGCAAACAAUUGGGGGUCAUUGGUACAUAUCUAAAACAAAAACAAAAAUUUCAAUAAAAUAGUAUAAUACAAAAGUUGGAAGCAGGCACAGCAGCAGGUGGCGCUGGUGAGCAGCUCUGGGAUUGGAGAGGAGAUGCCAAGGCCUUCUCGCUUGCACAUGUUCAUGCAUUCCGUUGUGUGGCAGAUUAUGACAAGGUCUGUCCCUGUGCUCAUGAGGGUGAGAGACUGAUAGAACGGAGCAGGUAGUCAGCCCUGUCAACCAGGGGAAAGGCAGAUUCCCUAGUAAUUCCCGUGGCGUUUCUAACUGUUCCCUCUCAAUUUCAUAGGUCCCAACUACAGUGAGUGAGAGUUGCAGUGGGAUCUUGAAAGUGCUUUCUGCUGUCACUGACAAAGACUCAGGGUCUUUCAUUGACUGGAAAGGGCAUGUUGUUCCUUGGUGAGAAAACGAGUCACAAAUCAUGGGCCUCCAUCCAUCCAUCCGCUCCAUGAAGUCUGUGAUGGCAAUAAAACACAGAUAAAGCUAUGUGAACUUCCUGAGUUGCCCACUUCCAUUUCUUUCUCGCUUGCUUGCUUGUUUCUGUUGUAUCUAGAAAUGCCUGUUGAUGCCAACUGAUAGAUCCCAUUUCAAGUUUGCAAGUUGUUUUGGUUUUCAGUUUGGUGGAGGGAAAGAACCGACUUGGCAACAAAGCCCCACCUCCACUUGCUCCUUCUUCAUAGGAGAAGACCUUGGUUUUUUUUAAAAUGAUAUUUAUUAAAGUUUCAAAGAAAAGAUUACAUAAAUAAAAAGAAAAAAAAGAAAAAAGAAAGAAAUAAAAAAGAAAAGAAAAUACAAAAUACAGAAAAAAGAUAAAAAACACUUAAAAAACACAUCAAUCUUUCCAUGCCUUACAUUUCAUUUCCUUGCUUCCCUGACCACCUCACACCUCCCUUUUUUGUAUUCCAGUUCUAUUAAUUAAUUCAGCAAUUCCUUUCCCUCUUUGUUUUUAUCUUAAUCCUUUAACUUAAUAUAUUACAACUUUAGAUUUUCACCUGUUAACAAUCCAUUUUUACAUACACCUUAAUAACAUUGCUGCUAAAACCACUUAACUUCAUUCUGACAUCAUUCUAACAUUCAUUAAUUUUGCAGUAUUUCUGUAGAUAGUCUUUAAAUUUCUUCCAAUCUUCUUCCACCGACUCUUCUCCCAGGUCUCGGAUUCUGCCAGUCAUUUCUGCCAGUUCCAUAUAGUCCAUCACCUUCAUCUGCCAUUCUUCUAGAGUGGGUAAAUCUUGUGUCUUCCAAUACUUUGCAAUAAGUAUUCUUGCUGCUGUUGUGGCAUACAUAAAGAAAGUUCUGUCCUUCUUUGGCACCAAUUGGCCAACCAUGCCCAGGAGAAAGGCCUCUGGUUUCUUCAGGAAGGUAUAUUUAUAUACCUUUUUCAUUUCAUUAUAGAUCAUCUCCCAGAAAGCCUUAAUCCUUGGGCAUGUCCACCAAAGGUGAAAGAAUGGACCUUCAGUUUCUUUACAUUUCCAACAUUUAUUAUCGGGCAAAUGAUAGAUUUUUGCAAGCUUGACUGGUGUCAUGUACCACCUGUAUAUCAUUUUCAUAAUAUUCUCUCUUAAGACAUUACAUGCCGUAAACUUCAUACCUGUGGUCCAUAACUGUUCCCAGUCAGCCAUCAUUAUCAAAGGAGAAGACCUUGUUGUCCCGCAGAGGAGGUGCAGGAUGUUGGCUAUUUGCAGUAUGGUAGCGCUGCAGAGAGCUUGCUGGGGAGACCAUGCAUUAAAAAGGGACUCAAAAAUAACUUAAACAAGGUUUUAAUAAGAAAAACAAAAACUCCAUUUACACUAAAUACAUCAACAAACAUGACCCAACCCCAGGGUGAUGGGAGAGCUAGGUGCUGCUCCUUACAUACUCUACCCAAUUGCUGACACAGCUUAAUCAAUUCAACUCAGCAGCACCUGCUAUGUUUCACAGCUGUAAAGCUGGGUCUCGUUAUUUUGCUCUGGCCCUUGCUCUGGCCCCUUAAAGACAUACACAUCGGGUGGAACAAUGAUGAACCUUUACAUUUAAAGAAACCAUUCAACACAGGGUUCCCUUUCUCUUCAUCCAGCUGCUCUUGGUGGCUGCAGAUUUUCUACCCAUCAAGAGUAGCAACUGCACACUCAUCCUGAAUAGGCUGUCCGGGGCAAGCCGUCCUUUGGGGGCACAGCUGUUUUAGCCUCUGGGUUGAAGUUCAGCCUUGCUCAGAAAUCUCCCCUGCGUUGAAGUAAUGGCAUUCACACCUAUUGUAAGAAUACAGAAACUGUCUAUAAUGAAUAACACCAAUCCACAAAUGUCAAGCCAUUUAUUCAAUGGAUGGUGGAAGCUCAUUCAGGAACCUUCAAGUAGUGUUUUCCAUAUACGGUACAUCACAUAAUGCCUUAUGUGAUUUACACAGUACAGUGGUGCCCCGCAAGACGAAUGUUUUAUAAGAUUGUAAAACUUUGCUCUAGUGGUUUGUUCAUGAGGCAUUCGUCUUGCGGGGUACUGAUUGCAUUGUGUAAACACAUAUAUUAUGUGAUGCAUUGUAUAUGGAAAACACUACUUGAAGGUUCCUGAAUGCUUCACUCAUUCAUUGAAUAAUACACAUUUGUGGAUUGGUUAUUCAUUAUAGAUAUUUCUGUAUUCUACACAGUGCACACACAGGGUAUUUCCUGAGCAAGGGCUACAACAGCUGCAGAUUUUAGUUUCUGUCUCUUGACAGCCCAUUCAGGAUGAGGUGGCUGCUACUCUGAUGGGUGAAAACUGCAGCAGCUGCUGGACGAAGAAGGGAACCCUGUGCUGAAUGGUUUCUGUUCAUCAUUACCCACUGUGUAUGUCUUUACACAGAGGUUAAAAAUACUUAUUGCUGCAGCAGGUGCUGCUGAUUGGUCACAAGCUGUGUCAGCACCAAGCAGAGAGUGAGCAGCACCUGCACCCAGGGUGAUGGGAGAGCUAGGUGCUGCUCCUUACAUACUCUACCCAAUUGCUGACACAGCUUAAUCAAUUCAACUCAGCAGCACCUGCUAUGUUUCACAGCUGUAAAGCUGGGUCUCGUUAUUUUGCUCUGGCCCUUGCUCUGGCCCCUUAAAGACAUACACAUCGGGUGGAACAAUGAUGAACCUUUACAUUUAAAGAAACCAUUCAACACAGGGUUCCCUUUCUCUUCAUCCAGCUGCUCUUGGUGGCUGCAGAUUUUCUACCCAUCAAGAGUAGCAACUGCACACUCAUCCUGAAUAGGCUGUCCGGGGCAAGCCGUCCUUUGGGGGCACAGCUGUUUUAGCCUCUGGGUUGAAGUUCAGCCUUGCUCAGAAAUCUCCCUGCGUUGAAGUAAUGGCAUUCACACCUAUUGUAAGAAUACAGAAACUGUCUAUAAUGAAUAACACCAAUCCACAAAUGUCAAGCCAUUUAUUCAAUGGAUGGUGGAAGCUCAUUCAGGAACCUUCAAGUAGUGUUUUCCAUAUACGGUACAUCACAUAAUGCCUUAUGUGAUUUACACAGUACAGUGGUGCCCCGCAAGACGAAUGCCUCGCAAGACGGAAAACCCGCUAGACAAAAGGGUUUUCCGUUUUUGAGUUGCUUCGCAGGACGAAUUUCCCUAUGGGCUUGCUUCGCAAGACAAAAAUGUCUUGCGAGUCUUGAGAUUUUUUUUCGCUUCCCCCCCCUUUUUCUAAGCCGCUAAGCCUUUAAUAGCCUUUUAACAGCUAAUCUGCUAAGCCGAUAAACCUUUAAUAGCUGCUAAACCGCUAAUAGCGCUAAUCCGCUAAUCCGCUAAUAGGGUUGCUUCGCAAGACGAAAAAACCGCUAGACGAAGACACUCGCGGAACGGAUUAAUUUCGUCUUGCGAGGCACCACUGUAUAUAGAGAGAGACAAAAACUGAUAAAACAAUAAGGUUUAUUAUUCAGACAAAGGGUAAGGGAACGAGUUAAGUCUAUACGCUGUUAAGCCAAAACCCCAAGCUCUAGAUUCCCUUUGUUGCUCUUUCAAUACUUCCUCUUCACAUUCCUAAGGGUGUGUCCCCCACAUAUAAAUGUUAAAUACAGUGGGACCUCGGGUUAAGAACUUAAUUCGUUCUGGAGGUCCAUUCUUAACCUGAAACUGUUCUUAAUCUGAGGUACCACUUUAGCUAAUGGGGCCUCCUGCUGCCGCCGUGCGAUUUCUGUUCUCUUUUUUUUUUUAAUGAUAUUUAUUAAAAGUUUAACAAUUACAAAAAAAGCAGAAAAAAGAGACAAUAAAGAGUUACAAUACAUCAAAAAAAUAAAAAACAGAAUAAAAAAAAAGGAAUUCAACAAUACAAGUGAAUAAAAAGAAAAAAGGGAAAAAACAAAACACACAAUACAUCAAAACCAAAAACAAAAGCAGACAAAAAAUUUAAAAACGAAAUCCAAUAUUCCCAAAUCUUUAUCUUUCAUUAACUUGUUUCAUCGACCUCCUCACACCUCCCUUUUUUGUAUUCUAGUUAUUAAUUAUCUCAGCAAAUCCUUUCCAUCUUUCACUAUAUUCUGUCAUUAAAUUACCUUAAUUUAUUUUAACCUUAUCUUACUAUAAAAAGCCCUAAAGCUUAAAACUUAAAACUUAUUUAUACAUAAUUCCUUAAAGCAUUUCUACUAAAGCCAAAUAGUUUCAUUCCAACAUUUUUUCUAACACUCAUUAAUUUUACAAAAAUUCUCUAAAUGAAUUUUUAAACUUUCUUCUAAUCUUCAUCCAUCGUCUCUUCUUCCUGGUCUCGGGUUUUGUCAGUCCUUCCUAUCCCUUCCAUCUAGUCCAUCAACCUGGUGACCUUCUAUCUGAGGCUCUUAAGUCUUUUCCAUGUCCCUUCUGCAGGUCUUCUUCAUAUUUAUACCUGCACUUUACUUUGUCUUCUGCUGAUCUUAUUCUUAAUUUCCUUCCUUUCUCACUGAGGGGUAGAUCUCGGGGAGACUCCAACUUGACAGUAUCUUUAUCCCUUCUCGACAGGUCAGCCCAUUCUCCAUAGUCAGCACUGAAAUCCAAAAGAUAUUUGAAGGCAUAUUUCAAAGUCCCUCCAAGGUUAAGGGCCCCCACAACUCCAAACUCCCCCGGGCCCAAAACCAGAUCCCAAAAGUCAAAACAUCCCUGCAUAGGCGGAUCUAUCCAGCUUCCCAUCUCCAAACCAAACAGUACUCCAUCUCUCCAAAUCUGACUUUCUCCAGGUUCAGUCGUCAGAGACAACAACUUAUGUUCCUGCAAGGCCGCGACUCUCUCCAUUUCUGUUACUUGAGGUUCAGCCACAACCUCCUCCUUUGUCUUCUGCACAACUUGCUCCAUUUCUAUUGCUUGAGGUUCAGCAUCAACCUCCUCCUUUGUCUCCUGCACAACUUGCCCUGUCAAAGCAAAUUCCUGGAUUGUUUCCUGCGUGGUUUCUAUAUAGGUAGUCACUGUUUGUCCAAAAUUGCUAACUGCAACAGUCAUCAAAUCCAUCUUCUCAUGUAGCUGUUCCAGUAAAGCACUUGUCUUGCAAAAAGCAAGCACUAAAACUUCUUCUGGGCACAUUCUUAUUCAAGGUCAAAUGUCUGGUUCUCGCGAUCUUUAAUCUCCACAGCUGUAGAAUUCCCCAGAUCGACUCCAGCAACAGUUUCACAAGCUCCCUUUAGAGGAAACAAUUUCUGUUUGUAUCCGUCUUUUAAAAGCAGAUCCAGCAACAAAAUUCCUUUCGUUUUUCAGAUAUUUUGUUCCUUUUAAGUGCAAAAGGAAACAUUGGAAUCAAUAUGUUUCUCUUUUUUUUUUAAAAAAAAUGAUAUUUAUUAAAGUUUCACAAAAAUACAAAAAACAAAGAAAAAAGUAUAAAUUACAGCAAAAAAGUAAAAAGUAAGAAAAAACAUACAAAAUAAAACAGUUAAAAACACAAUAAUGUUCCAUAACCUAUCUUCCUUACUCUUAUUUCCCCAGACCUCCUCAUACCUCCCUUCUUUGUAUUCCAAUUCAGUUUGUUGGUUCAGCAAAUCCUUACCAUUAAUCUUUUACCCAAUUGUUAACCUUUUUUUCAUGUCUCUUAAAGCAUUACAGCUAAAAACCUCUUAAUUUCUAUCCAACAUCCUUCUAAAGUUCCUUAAUUUUACAAUAUUUCUGUAAAUAGUCCUUAAAUUUUUUCCAGUCUUCUUUCACCGACUCUUCUCCCUGGUCUCGGAUUCUGCCAGUCAUUUCCGCCAAUUCCAUGUAGUCAAUCACCUUCAUCUGCCAUUCUUCCAAAGUGGGUAGAUCUUGUGUCUUCCAAUACUUUGCGAUAAGUAUUCUUGCUGCUGUUGUAGCAUACAUGAAAAAGGUUCUGUCCUUCUUUGGCCAAUAUGUUUCUCUUUUUUAACUAUCUGUCAAAAAAGCGUUUUCUUCACAGUCAAUGAACUUCCCCAAAACGUCUGUCUCUGACACCCCGUUCCCAGGUUCAAGACGGUGGAAAUUUAUCUUUCUUUACUCUCUCUCCUGCAGGUUUAAACAGUCUAAGAUUUCCCCCCUCUUCUCCUGCUUCCAAGGGGGGUUUGGUAGUUUUAACUGAUGGAAAUUUAGUCCUUUAGAAGCGACUUUCCAGACUUUAGCUUGCAAUGUCUUUGCUUCAAUCUAUUUACAAAAGCGGAAGGCGGACUUCCUGUUUAGACCUUCCCGCUUCGGUGCCAAAUUAAGAUGUUUCAUAAUCCAAUUUUCCGUUCUACUCACGGGUAGUUGUUUAAAGUCCAAUUGUCCACAGGAAAAAGUCAGCGCUCUCCGGCAACAGCAAUGCGGCUUCACUCUGUGAAAAGAGCAGUCAAUUCAAAGCACCGUGCAGCUCACCCCAUGUCGCUCCAGAUCCCCGAAACCGGGUUUCCCUGCGAGUAGGGGAGGCGCUAAAGGUGCCGGCCGUAUCCCACGUCCACAGGCUUUUCCCGCCUGUGGUUUUUAGUGGGUCUCCGCCUCGCCGUGGCGGUCCAGACCCUAGUUUCACGAAGCGGAUUCCUCCCGGUCAGAGGAAAUCCGCCAUUGCUGGAGGCACUAACCCGGAAGUCUUCCGUGCGAUUUCUGUUCUCAUCCUGAAGCAAAAGUUCUUAACUCGAAGUACUAUUUCUGGGUUAGCGGAGUCUGUAACCUGAAGUGUCUGUAACCCGAGGUAUCACUGUACUGAGUGCUCAGUGAGGUGUCAAAGACUUAGCUGCAUCCUGUGAAACUUAUCUGUAACUGAUGUACCUCCCUUCUAUAACGUAUUUCUGAUGUAUGACUGACGCUCUGGCUGGAUAGGUUGUGGGAAGGUCCACCUGUGGAUUGGAAGGUAUAAACUUCUGUUUUUCUUUUGUUUGGGGUUCUCCUCCCUCCUGCGUGUGGUGAGUGGGGACCCUGUUGCAACAGUUUAUUUUCUCUUUAAUAAAGCUGCUUUGCUUUUCAAUAUACACUUCUUGUCCUCUGCUUUUUCUCUCCGACCGAUAGGGAACUCCAUCUAAGGACUCUAUACAAGCUCUAUAUACCCCAUAAGGGAAUUAGAGGUAUUUUUUUUCUUUUAGCAUACCUCCUAAAGGAAACAGGCUACCACCUCUAUGCAUACAUGCUAUUACUAAUAGUAUUAUUGCCAGCCUGGUUUUCUUCUGGCCUGGGCUAGUUUCUGAUAGUCCUGAGCUUGGUGUAAGUCAGAGACCUCUCACAGUUGCUGCCACUGCACUCCCAACAUCCCUUCUAGUUUUCUGAAAAUUAUUUAUUUUAUACCUGAUUGUAAAAAAAGAAAGGAAAGGAAAAGGAAAUACUAGUCUACCUCCCUGGGUUGUAAUCGGCUACUCUCACCUGGUUUAGCCAGCCAGUCGAAGCCGUUUCCCAGGGUGUGGCCACUGUUGCAUGCUGACAGCUUCUAGGAGCCACAGGUGAGAGCUGAGUGUGGGGGGGGGGGGCGACAAAAGGUGGACAAACUACCCCAGAAAGAGCAUGACAUGUCCCCCACUUCUGCUGUGUGCCAUGAGUAAAUACUAUUGAAGAUGUGAAGGAAUUGGAAUUUGUCCUUACUUGUAUGGACUGUUUCAGGAAGGAUGAUGGGAUUUGAAAAGAGAAUUUACAGCUUAUCCACACUUCCUAUUGCCCUGCUGUUUUCCCUGGGAAAACAAAUCUUUAGCGCUGAACCGGGGCAAACAGCAAUUUGGGUUUCCCCUGGAUUGCCAUUUCUUCUGAUCUGUCACUAAAGAACAGUUUUUUCCUUGGAAAGGAGGGGGGGUAAACCACUCAGACCCAUGCCUAGAAAGCAUAGGUCAAGUGGAAAUUUUUACAGGUGGGUCCCAAUUCAAUCUAAAAUACUUGAGAAGCACUGGUGCACACACACCCAUUUAUUUCACAGGACUUGGAGGCUUAUUUAUUUUUAAGUCCAAAAGCCUGCAAAACUUGUAAAAACUUCCUCAUGCUUGACCAUAUCCCUUCUGCCCAUUGGUUCUGAGCAAAGAGCAGUCUGAGCUUGCCUACACGGAAUCUGAUAUUCUUCUGCAGCCAGCCAGUGGGAAGGAAGGCGGGUGCCCCAGUCACGGCAGGAAAUGA